AGGCCCGAAGGAAUAAAAAACAUAAGAACUGCAAUACUUAGAGGAAUACCAGUAGAAGAUGAUUGGAUUAAAUAUAAGUGCGAUAUUAUUAGUAAGCAUAUCAUCUAUGAGUUAGCCUUACAGGCUGAAAAGACUGCUGUUGCCUCGUCAGAAUCUGAAAAUGAACGACAAUUAGGAAAAAGAAAAGUUAAACAUAGUAAAUAUAAGCACGAUUAUGUUGAUUAUGUUGGCCCUCCAAGAUUAGUCUCCUCAUGCAAGAAAUCAAGUGACACAAGUACUACAAUCGCAGAAACAUUGGAACAGUUCGAUAACCAAAAUCCCGAAUUGGAUCAUGCAACACAAAACGAUGAAAAUGACAUUUUAACGGAUAUUAACAACGCGCCUGUAAUAAUUGCGGAAAGGACAGAUGAUUUCAUGGACGAAUUUAAACAAACAAUGAAAGAUAUUAAGUCUGAACUAGAAAGUAUGAAAAACAAACAGGAACAAUCACUUUCACAGAUUCAAGAAACUGUAAAUAUGAUCCUGGCUAAAAUGAAUUAUGAGCAAUAUCGCAGAGAAGACCCAAUGAAGGAUGAUAAGAUUAGAAAAUACCUUCCAUUAACUUCGAUUGAAAAUUUUCUAGAGUUAGAAGAUGUACUGAAAAUUGAUGAUGAAGCUUUAACACAAGUAGUUGAUAAAGUAUUACUGAUUGGAGGAAAAAAUGAGAAAGACUUUAUUCGACGAACCUUAAGUGCAAUGUUUUCUGAUAAUUUAGCUGUAAUGUGUUCGUGGACAGGGCAGAAAGAUAACUUCAAAGUUGGGGAUACAUAUAUUAUAAUAGGUAUCAAAAACAGCACACAAACGUUUUAA